GGCGAGGAUCAAAAAGAUUAUGAAGUCCGACUCGAACGUGCAAAAGGUCACUGCGGAAGCUCCCAUCCUAAUAUCGAAGGCCUGUGAGAUGCUCAUUCUUGAUCUCACAAUGCGAUCUUGGCUUCAUACCGUGGAGGGCAAACGCGAAACGCUCAAGAGAUCGGAUAUCUCGGCCGCAGUGACUCGUGAUUUGAAAUUUACCUUCCUUGGCGACGUUGUCCCAAGAGACCCGUCCGUCGUUACCGCUUAUCCCGUGCCCAUGCCACAUCCUGAGGGUGAAGUACUUCCGCCGGGAAUGGUGAUAGGACAUCCGGUGUUUGGUUGUAAUGGUACGUACGUGCCACCGCCGCAGAUGCAGGAGUGCCCGGCGGUGCCUAAUGACGGAGAGGAGGCAGCUGGGGAAAUUGGAGGAAGCAGCGGCGGGAAUUGAAAAGUUUUUGUUGUAAUGUUUUUGUGAGAAUUUGUAUCUCUAUCGACUCAUGUUGUUGUUGUUGUGAUGUUUUGUUUUCGUUUAUGUCAUGUGUUUUGUUGUUGUUGAUGUUAUGUUUAGUCUUUCAUGUGUUUAUUGAUGAAAUAAAUGUAUGGAAGACAA